GCUAGCUGUCGCGGCGCGGCGCGCGACUGGAGGCCUAGGAUUUGACAACCUGUCACAGAGGCUCGCAGCGGUCGUGGCGGUACCUCUGCUGCAAGCUGUUCGACGCGUGCGCUUCCCUGCGUGUGCAAAGAGCCACAAUCACUGCUUGCAUCAUAGCAGAUAUUCAUAGCAAUGAACGUCGUCGCGGCCCUCUGCCACCGCUUCCCGGAAGCCGCACUCGUAGCCAGACGAUUCUUAGACAAAUCAUCUAAACGCGCCGCCGAGACCAAGCCCCGGAAGGGCCACGCCUUCGAUCCGACGAAAUUGGUUCAAUAUCUGCAUGAGACGGUCGGCGCGCCGCGCGACGUCGCUCAGGUAACGGUGGGCCAGUUCAGCCACGGCCAGAGCAACCCGACGUUCACGGUGCGCUGGGGCGAAAAAGCGGUUGUGGUGCGGAAGCAGCCCGGCGGCAAGCUCUUGAAGGGCGCGCACGACGUCGGCCGCGAGUUCCAAUUUGCGAGCCAUCUUGGAAAUCAAGGCGUGCCGACGCCGCACGCUUUAGCGCUUUGUGAUGACACGGACAUUCUUGGGACGCGUUUUUGGGUCUACGACUAUGUGGACGGGCGCCACUUCCGGGACCCGUACUUGGAACGGGCAUCAAUUGAUGAGCGACCUCUGUUAUAUAAGAGCGCGGCGCGGGCGGCGGCGACGCUGCACGCGGCGGCGCCGCCGCCAAAAUUAGUCGAGGCGCUCGGGGGUCCGCCCAAAGCGGGCUACCUCGCGCGGCAGGUCAAGACCUGGACGCGGCAAUAUCAAGGCGCGGACGAGAAGCUGGGCGUGACGACGGAUGCCAGAGUUGCGGACCACGCUGAUAGAUUACGGAGCGCGUGCGAGGACCAUGCGACAGACGUCGGUGGAGAUGUUGAUUUGUUGAGCGUGGCGCACGGCGACUUUCGCUGCGACAACCUGAUUUAUGAUGAAGACGGCAGUGUCAGGGCCAUCCUGGACUGGGAGCUCGCGACAUUGGGCCACCCGCUCGCGGACGUCGCGUACCUGUGCAUGCCCUACGAGAUCCCGCCCUUCGUCGCCGGGCCGCUCUCGGGCUUCCGGGGGCUGAAUUUGGAUAAACACGGCGUGCCGCCCCUCGAAGAUCUGGUGGGCGCGUACGCCGACGCGCUUCGUUCAAAGGAGCGCGGCGCGGACGUCGCGGCGCUCUGCAAAGCGGGCCUGCCCCACUUCGACCUCUUCUCGAGCGUGGGCUACUUCCGCAUCGCCUCCAUCUGCCGCGGCGUCUACUCGCGCGCGAAGAUGGGCACGGCGUCGAGCGCGAACGCGGCCGCCGUCGGCGCGCUCGCCGACACGCUGCUCGACGUGAGCGUGCGCCUCGCGGGCGACCACGCGGCCGUCCUGCGCGGGGCGCGGGCGCCGCUCGAGGCGUUUAAUUAGGUGUGUUUGCG